ACACCAGAUAAAAUAGUAAUCCGAGAGAGAGAGAGAGAGAGAGCGCACAGAUUGUAUUUGUGUGUAGACUUUCUGGAGAGAGAGAGAUCGAUCAUGACUCAAUGAGCUUUUCUUUCUUCCGAAGCAUUGCUAAUCACUCAUGAGCUCGAAACAGGAUUUCACAACACCAGAUUGCUCUUGUUCUUCCUUUCGAGAUAGAAGGAGCCUUUAAUAUUCAACAUGGGUGUUCUGUUCAUGUCACAGAUCGUAUAUUGUUGGUUUGAGCUCAUCAUUGUUUGACUGCAUCCGGAUAGUUGUAGAACCAUGGCUAGUGAGUUGACUUCUAAAGUUCGGCUAGUCAGAUGUCCUGGUUGCCGAGGGAUUCUCCAAGAGGUGGCUCCUCUAUACCAAUGUGCAGGAUGUGGCACAGUUCUCCAAGCUAAAAACCGCAAAAAUGACAGCACGGUCACAGGAUUACACAUGCAUAAAAAAGAUGCUGCCCAGAAAAAUGAGUUGGAGCACGUCUCUGACGAACAAAUAGCUCAAAGCUUAAAGCGAGAGCAAACAUGUCCUUCCACAGGUGAACUCCUAUUGGACCAAAACUUUGGGAGUGAUCAGAGUGAAAUUCGGGAUAACUACGAGGAGAAGUCAGGAAAAACAAAGUUUUCCAGUGAACUUUCUACAAAGCUCACUGGCUAUAUAAAUGAAGAGUUGCCACCACCUGUAAGGGCAGAAACAGGAUUUUAUCAAGGUGAAUGUUCUUCAGAACAAAACAAUGAAGGUGAUCAAAAUGAGUGUGGAGAUUACAAUGCAAAGCGACCUGAAGGGGUUAGCUUUUCCAAUGAAGUUGCUUCAACUGAGAUAAAUCAUCAUGAGAGUGAGGAGUUGUCAUCUCCAGUAGCUGGAGAUCAUAGUGAAGGAGAUUUGAAACAGUGCCGCGAAAGGACCCAAAAUCAAUAUGGAUGUUGCAAUGGGAAGCAGCUUGGUGGUGCAAACUUUUCUGAUGGAGUUGCUUCAUCAUAUGAACUUAAUCAUCAGGAGAGUGUGGAGUCAUCACCACUUGCUGGAGUUUAUAGUGAAGUGGAUGACAGUCAGAAUAGUUUGGAACAAAAGAACGGAAGGAAUCAAACUGAAUUUGGAGAUCACAAGAGAGAGGGGCCGGGAAGUACAAAAUUUUCUGAUGAAUUUUCCUCGUCUACUGAGCUCACUUGUCAGGAAGUUGAAGAUUCGUCUCCACUGGUUAGAACUAGUUUGGAAUUGGAUGAGAAUUUCAAGAGUCGUUUCAUAAUCGGAAGGUUGAGUAAGGAAAACCUCCAAGAUUCAACUAUUUCUGCUCAGAGGCAAUCAAGUGAAAGUAUUUCAAUGAAUAACCAGAUGUCUCCUCGCAGUGAACAGCUGGAGCAGUCUCAGGAAAGAGCACUCGGUGGUUUUGACCGCGUGAGUUCCAAAGAUACAUUGGAAGAUUUUGCACUAUCCAAACACAGCCCUGAGUUUAGUCUUCAAUUCAAAGAUUUACCUAGAUAUCCAACCUCCGGAAGCUAUUCUGCUUACGAUGGCAGUGUUUCUUCCUAUGAUGGAACUGAUGAUCAAGUCCCUUACCAACCUCAACACCUCUCACAAGGAAAUUUUAAGAAGGCAGAGUGUGCCAGAGCUGAAGCAAUGCCUGUAAAGGGUGAGGUUGAACUGCAAUAUCAAGCUUGGAAUUGCUCAUCAAUUUCAUCACAACAGGAGCAUUAUGCGAUGGAAGGAAGGAAGUGUUGCGAAGAUGAAUUGGUUGAAUCCACCAGAUCUGGCCAUCCAGUUAGGAGCAGGAUGAAGUUUGAGACAAAUGAGCCUUUUUACUCAAAGGGUCGUCCUAUUGGCAGUGAAAACGGAAGCCCUUCAAAUUAUGGGCGGAAUGUUUUCCAAAGCAGUUCAAGUUUUGAUUUGCCAAGCAAGCCUCAGUGCCUUGAAGAGGAGAAAAUGAAAUUGCUAAAAAUGGUUUAUGAACUUCAAGACGAGCUCAACAGAACCCAUAUUCUGAAAAGUAGGGCUAAAGAAAUAUUUCCCGGAGUUACUGGAAUGGAAAAGCAGAUUCCGUCGUACUAUGGUCAUGUAGCACCAGCGGUGGGAAUCUACCAUGAUAUAAAUAAUACCAGACACACCAGUAGUUACGAUCAAGGAAGAAACUGGACUAGCCAAAGGCAAACAUCGCAAAUUCCUUUUUCUGCGGAACCCACAAUCGGCAGACACCAAGUUGAUUGCUCCUGUUUCCAUGGCUAUCCCCAAGAGUGCAACUGCUCAGCUCCUUUGCCUCCGCAAAUUUUCUGUAACAACAGCCAAUAUACAGUCAUCCCCAGGCAGAGAUAUCACAAUAUCUACCCUUCGACUUCCUCGAGUCCACAGCAUUAUACACAGUCUGAGUUUUCCUUAAGUAGCCAUGAUGUUAAGUCUGAUGAGCAUUGGCAUGCAGAUCACCAUGAGGGUAAGAUACUUUCUAGGGAGAGACAUCAAUCAAUGAAGAAACAUGUCCUACCUGUUGCAGGUGGGGCCCCUUUCCUUGUCUGUUAUAGAUGUUCGGCACUGCUGCAAUUGCCUGCAGAUUUUCUUGUCUAUGGAAGGAGAUGCCAUCGGCUGAGGUGCAGUGCUUGCUCGGUUAUAUUGAAGUUUGGGCUUCAAAAUGGAAGUCACAUACUGCUGUAUACUGAGAUAUAUCCUGAUUCUAUAGCCCCUUCACAGACUAACGGGAGAAAAUUGGCAUCGGUUUCUUAUGCGGGUUAUAGUCCUAAUGUGGAAUCUGUAUCAUGUUCCGAUGGUUGUGGACCUUCCUUGCAUCAAAGUUGCUCUACUGAAGAGGAGCCCUUUUGUACCGCACUUCCAUUCAGUGGUCUCAAUAGGGAGUCUAAUGGCAGCAAGAUGUCAUCUGGUAGCUCUAUUGAGCCUGUGGAAGAGAGAAAGGAUCAGCUUAUCUUCAUAGAACCUCAAAAUAAGUACGACAGUACUGCAAAACUAUAUGCAUCAGCUGGGUCUCCACUGAGGAGAUCGAUAGCAGAGAAGUUAUCUUCAGAAUUUGAGGGUUUGCCACCAAAAUCAGGUUUACCUCUUCAUAAGCUCCUGGGAUAUGCUUCCCCAAGUCAAGUACUGGAUAGCUGGUAAGCUCAUAUGUCUACCAGGAAAAGUGGGUCCAGAAGCUGGAAUUGUUUGGCAUGUUAAUUUUGAAGAUCGCUUGGAUUCAUGUGUAUUGGUGAUGCACCGUAUAUGCUUGCCUGCUUGGAGAAUUAUAUGAAUGGACUGUACUGCGUGGUUUGGACAUUAAAGGGAAGGUUAGUGAUGUACACACUGUGAAGUUGGGUAAAAUGAAGUUCACCCGGAAAAAGAACGGUUUUCAAAGAAAGAAAGAGCAUCGCCCUACGCCCAAACGAUAAAUAAGAAGUGAGGGGAAGUCCUGAUCUCCGUGUGAAACUUCCGUGGCAUUGCAUCUGUGCUUGUUAGUUGUUACAUUGUUUACGCCAUUUUUUUCUUAUUGGAAAUGUACAGACAGAUCUUGGAGCUUUCAAAGCACAGCAAAGGAGAGCCGAAUCUGUGUUGCAUUUGUAGAGAUGUUUCAGCAUAGAAAUUAUAGUGUGAUUUGUUCA